AUGAAUCAUUUGUCGCCCCCACCAUCGCCGCACUCGCAGCCAAGUCCAGCGGGUUACGCGGGUCAAUCGCUGGACAAGCAGUGGAUGCAGAGAGCCUCAGCUUUCAAUACUGUGAUAGCAUCUGCGGCGGCUCAGAAAUUGAAUAACAGAGAUUUACCCUUCCUCUACAAUCCUCUGAUCUACUCCAGCGCUUUGCUCUGGCCACAGUUUCUUCUCUCCUCGGCCUCUGCUCUGGGCACGCCCCUAACACCCAUGACGCCCAAAUCGCCUGCCUCUGUUAUACUGAACCAACGGGAUCGCGACUAUGCGCUGACGCCAGAGAAGGAACAGGAGCAACAACUCAUCAGCAGCAGCAAGCAAUUGAUGCUGCAACAAGACGAGGAUAUGCCACUAAAUCUGAGCACCAAGCAGCGUGCAAUUGCUGACUCGGAUCAGGAUCAGGAUCAGGAUCAUGAUCACAACAGCAGCAGCAGCAGCAGUAGAAGCUUGAGCGGCGGUAGCCUCAGUGAUGCCGAGCAACCACUGCAGCUGAGCACUCUAACCAAUGCCACGCCCCCUCCUUUAAGGGCUGUUAAUCUGAUGACGGCAAAUGCAGCUACUCCACAACAGCGUCGAUCUCAGGGCAACAUCAUUUGGUCACCAGCUUCCAUGUGCGAGAGAUCCACGCGAAUUGAGGCAGCAGCAAUGUCAGCGGAGGAGGACGAGGAGCAGCAUGUGGAUCCCAUAGUGCGCAAGUUUAAAUACGAGCGUCGCUCGGCAGCUUCGAUAUCGUCACUGCAGUCUCCGCUCUCCUCGCUGGCGCCCAAGACAAAUGUGGCGCAGGAUCUGGACUUUGAGACCGCUCAGCAGCAGCAGUACGCGCAUCGCAGCGCUUUCAUGGCCGGCCUCACUGGCAACAAUCUGGAGUUGCUCACGCAGCACCUGAAGUCGCAACAACAGCAGCAGCAACAGCAACAGCAACAACUACAACAGCAGCAGCAUCAAAUUAAGGCCGAAAACGAACAGGAUAACAACCGUUCGGCAGCGGCUCUCAUGGGACUUGUGGCAGCCGCCGAGUUUGGUUAUAUGCGUAAUCAACACCAGCAACAGAAACACACGACCCAGCAACAGCAGCAACAACAGUUGCACCAACAGCAGCAGCAACAACAGCAGCAACAUCCUGAUUCAACAGCCACAGAUGUUGCACGUCGUUCGUCCUCCUCAUCAUCAUAUCAAGGCGAGUGCGAGGAGAAGCGCAGUGGAAGAAAUUUUCAGUGUAAACAAUGCGGCAAGUCGUUCAAACGCUCCUCGACAUUAUCCACACAUCUGCUCAUACACAGCGAUACUCGGCCAUAUCCCUGCCAGUAUUGUGGCAAGCGAUUCCAUCAGAAGUCCGAUAUGAAGAAGCAUACCUACAUACAUACGGGUGAAAAGCCCCACAAAUGCACCGUCUGCCUGAAAGCCUUCAGCCAAAGCUCCAAUCUGAUCACGCAUAUGCGAAAGCAUACAGGAUACAAACCCUUCGGAUGUGGACUCUGUGAUCAAUCCUUCCAGCGUAAGGUGGAUCUGCGACGCCAUCGAGAGAGUCGCCACGAGGAGGCAGCUGGAGCAUUGACUCCUCCCCCCCUCAUCAAAAUGGAGGUCAGCAGCAGCAGUUGUUGAGGUGAUCGAUAGAUUAAUAGACCGAUAUACCAAUCGAUCGAUUCGUAGCUCAUAGUAAAUGAGACACCAGAGACCCAGUAGGAUUACCCGAAACCAGUUUACCCAGUUGGCUCGCCUGCAAAUGCAAAGUCGUCUAAGUCGUCGCUAUGAAGCCAAAGUUUGUUUUUGUUAAGGCAUCCAAAAUAUUGUUAAGGGAAUCGAAAGAUCAUUUCUCCCACUCUAGUUGUUUGAGAUACUUAAGAUAUUUGCUCAAUUCUAGAUAUAAGUUCUGUAUAUAC